UAAAAAUAAAUAAAUAGUUAAAAAUUCCCCUAACUCUGCAAAACGAAUGAAAUUAAUAAAAAAAAGACGAAGAAAACUCGACGAAAACAUAAACCGAAACUGAACUUAUUUCAUGACAUUAUUUCAUUCGCAUUUAAAGUCAAAAACUUCACAUCUGUAAAUGUAUUAGUGUGCAUGUGUGUAUGCGUCUGUGCGUGUGUGCGUAUGUGUGAUUGUACGUUUGUGUGCGAGGGUGAGUGUCAGUGUGUGCGUGUGCAUAUAUGUAUUAACUUCACAUAUUAAACCGUCAACGAUGGCUUCCUUUGUAUACGCUGUUUUAAGCAUAACAAAUGUGGCUUCAGUGCAUUGUGCUGCUCGCCCGGAAAUAUCACCCUGCACCUGUGAACCCACCUUUGCGCACAAUUAUGUAGACUUGUCUUGCGAGAAAGUGGAUUCUUUUCAUAAAAUCGUAGACGCCUUAUCCAAUAAAUUCGAUCCGAAUGUUAAAGUUAAUUUGAAAAUCUCCCAUUCACAACUAGAAGAUCUGGAAAUGCGAUCAUUUAUGGAUAUGAAGCUGAAUUUGGUUAAACUACGAAUGCAGUUUAAUGGCUUAAGAUCCGUGCCUGAACUACCAUUUCGUGGACUGUCUAAUGUGGAAUUUCUAAGUCUGGCUGAUAACGAACUAGAAGAGAUCCCAAAGCACAUGCUUAAUCAUAUGCCUAUUAUAAAAACGCUUGACAUGGGCAAAUGUCGUAUAAGGGCAGUGCUGCAAGAUGAUUUUAAAGGCACUCAAAUGUUAACCAAUCUAUUUAUAUCAGUCAAUAAUAUAACACGUGUAGAUCGUACAACAUUCCCACCUGCUUUAGUUGUAUUGCAUUUGGGUCAUAAUCAAAUUGAAUAUCUUAACGGUACAUUGCGUCACCUGAAUAAAUUAGAAUCUUUGUUUAUUAAUAUGAAUAACAUAAGUAAUUUAGAGAACGAAUUGCCAGAAACAAAUCGUUUGAAAUUGAUAUUGGCACAUAAUAAUCGUCUAGAGCGUUUGCCGGAAAGUAUACGUUUUAUGGAUAAAUUGGAAGGGUUACAAGUGCAACACAAUCAUUUAACUACUUUGAAUGGUGUGCUGAGAAACGCAGUAAAUCUUAUUGAAUUUCACGCUUUUAACAAUAAGAUUAAAUCGCUGGCGCGCAAUGAAUUUGAAAUGGCCACAAAAUUGGGCGAAAUUUAUUUUGCUCAUAAUCAAAUAAAAUCCUUGAACGGUUCCUUAUUACCUUUGCAAAUGUUGCAUCGUGCAAAUUUUUCCUAUAACCUAAUUGAAGAGUUCUCAAUUGAUGAAAUACGCGGCCUAUUGAGCUUAAGGCAACUGGAUCUAUCAAAUAAUCAUAUAACAAAGCUGUGUGGCCGUCAAGAGAAUCAUAUUGACAAAAAUUCAUAUUUGGUUGAAUUCUAUUUAGAUUAUAAUGAACUUAAAACGCUUGAUGGUGCUCUGAUGGGUUUGAACAGUUUGCGUAUUUUAGGAUUAACACAUAAUCAAAUAGAACGCAUUCUACCGGAAGAUUUUAUUGGAUUGGAAAAAUUGGAAAUUUUAGAAUUAUCGCAUAAUAAAUUAUUGACUCUAACCGAAAUGCAAACAACCGUGCUGCCAAGUUUGAAAAUUCUUAAAGUGGAUUACAACAAUUUGACUAUCCUUGACAAAGAUUUCCAUGGUCUGCCCGUCCUUUGCCAAGCUAAUUUAACUAGCAACAACAUACAGCACAUUUCACGUGAUUUAGUGGCCAAGACAAGAUGCAUAAAUCACAAUGUACCCGGCAAAUUGGAACUAUUUUUGGAAGAUAAUCCUUUAAGUUGCAAUUCGCUUCUCGAAGAGUUUUGUUCAGUGAUGCUUGAUCCGGAACGACGGGUACGAUUGCGUACUAAAUGUUUCGAGGUUUAUGAGGAUUUAUGUAAAAUGUUAAUAGUAUUGCCACCGAAAAGCAUUAUACCUUUGCUAAAUGAUCAGCUGAAAAGGAAAGCUGACGAAUUGCUCCCACCAUUACUAGCGCCACUGGGUCAACCAUCCAUAAAAACUUCACCUAUUAUGAAUUCAAUCAACCUAUUAGAAGCAGCCAAUGUGGACACAGAUACCACAACUAAUUUACCUACCACAUCAACAACAACUACAAUACCAGCAACCGUCCCUGCAGAAAUUCUGCAACAUAUUGAAAGUAUUUAUAGUGCUGAAGUAAAUGAUACCUUAAUCGACUCUUUAUUAACACACGGCAGUCGUAUAGUGAAGGCGACAACGCCUGGAGGACCGUCAGCGACAACUACAACAACGCCAAUCCCAACCUCUCUAAUAUCAGUUUACAAUUUUGAUCAUGUACGAAAAUCGGAAGAGAAAUUGGGAACUAUACCUAUCACUCACGGAAACAACAAGGAGGAAGCUUUAGAGACCGGACAUAAUACAACUCCCUCAAUUUUAGUUUUCAAUAUAGCUGACCCGCAAGCAAAACAAAUAGCGAUAAAUUCGAAAAUAUCGCCUAUACCGAAAGCCGAAUAUUCCACAAUGGAAUAUAUACCUGCGGUUAACAAUGUUGGAAAUCAGGAAUCGCCCCUACCACAUCCUGCAAAUAUUCUAAUUGAUGAAAAUUCACAAGUGAAUUCACUGCCUGAGGACUAUCAUUCUAAAGUUUUGCCCAAUAUAAACAAUGCGCCGCAAAGCCUUUUAAUGCCAGAAGAUCCGCCAGAGAAUCCUUAAACGUACACAUGAAUAUGUACGUGAGUGAGUGACUUUAACCCACUCUAAAACUAAUUUGACAUUAAUAAUUAUUACAAUAGUUUCAGUCGCAUUAUUUAACAAACUUUUUAUAAUUCUCUAAUGCUAACUUCAUGAGUUUCAUAACCAAAGGAAGUGUGCCUUAUUUUCAACUUAAAAAAUAUAUUCUCAAUCGUUGUUUCUUUAUAUUUUAAGUUUUACUUUCUUUCUUUAACUUAACUCUUCCUUUCUGUUGGUAAUAAAUCUUUUAACUUUUCUUAUUUACCCUCCCUAGAUUCGUAUGUGUACAAUUUUAAUACGUGUUAGUUGCUAUAUUACAAGUAUUUAUGAUGUUAUGAUUUAUUGAUUGUUUAUAUAUAACAUGAGCAAGAAUACUUUCUUAACAAUAUUAAUUAUACGAUUUUAUGAUUGAAUAUUAUUUUAGGUUUAAAAUGUCUACGAAUUAAUAUAAAAGAAGCAACAAUAAGAAUUUUAAUUAGUCUGUGUACAUGUUUUGUGUUACUGUGUUUUUGCGGGCCUUCCGUUUCUUCAAAGAUGAUAUUAUAAUUUCACCACAAAAUAAAGAAAUUAACAAAUCUUCUGAUUUUGUUUUCAUCUUUCAUUCUUAAUUAUUUAAUGCAUUCCAGUUAUUUCUUAUCUCUUAAACAUCUCAUUUAUGCGAAUACACAGUAAAAGUUAAGUGGUCGAAAAUAACGUUAAGUCUAUUAGUCGAGAAAGCUUUAGUGAGUUACACAUGUAAAUAAACGAAAAAUUAAUAUAUACAUAUUAAGAGCUUUUUUUAUGAUUUUAUUGAUCAAUGGGCGAAACCAUUGUUACAGUCUAAAAAAUGAAUAUAUAUAUAUAUUUUUAUUUCUUCUUUUGGAUGCAAAAUUUUAACAUACUUAAGUAUUAAAAGAAAUAACCAUUUUUAAAAAUAAAAAAAAUAAAUAAACCUGAACAGCGGAGUAGUUCACGCA